GGCCCGCCGCCGCCCGCGGCGAGGGCCGCCGGGCGCGAGCGGAGCCUGACGCUGCACGCGUGGGAGGGCGACGUCCUGGGGGCCGCCCUGGGGAUGACGGACACGGGCGCGGUCAUCCUCAACAUCCGCGAGGGCGGCCUUCUCGACGGCUGGAACGAGGCCAACCCGAAGGAGCGGGUUUACCCCGGGCUCGUCAUCACCGGCGUCAACGGCGCCAGGGGCUAUUGGGCCAUCGUGGAGUCGCUCAAGAGGCCGGGCGUGCUGACCCUCACCGUCUCCGACCAGCCGCCGCCGACCGCGGGGCCCAAGUGGUUCGAGGACAUCGCCGCCAUGGGCAGGAGUGUCGUGCCGCAGGAGGACGGCCCCAGCGCCGACAGUCUGUUUUCGAGCCUCCCCAACGUGGUCGCCGGGGACGGCGGCGUCGACCAGUGCUCGAUCUGCCUCGACGACAUCGGCCCCGACGAGGUCUUGGUGGAGCUGCCGAGAACCGUCCGCUCCGAGAUCAUGAAAUCCGUCCGCUCCGAGAACCUGAUCCAGAGUGAGUUCUUGAGGAAGUACGUGAUUCCCAGGAUAAGUUCUGGACAGAGGCCCCAGGCGGGGCCCAUGCAGUACGUGCCGUGGCUCGAGUGGCUUGCCUACGUGCAGUACAUCUCACACGAAAGGAUGUGGAAG